AUGCAUUCCAUGUGGGGUGGCCAAGAGAACAUUAACGAUCUAAAACACAAGCUUCUCUGCAGCAACUUGGAGCUAGAAACUGUAAGAAUGGUGGCAAAAGAAGAAAUAGGCAAAAACGAGCAAACCAUAAAACAAUUGCUCCAUCUCUUGAAGAUAGCUUACCAUGAAAGAGAUGAAGCAAGAGACCAAUUGCAGAGACUUAUCAAGUACUUGAUACCCACAGAGCCUGAUCGUCAAAUCAUCACCAAUACACCUAUCACUUACAAAUUUCCAACCACAAUCGAAGAAUCCAAUAACAUGUCAGAAACAUUGUCUCAAGUCUAUGGAUUGUCUUCCAAAGAAUGCAAUUACAAUGUUGGUGUUUAUUCCUCAUUCCAAGGCUUUAACCACGGCACCAAAUACCCUGUUGUUCAACAAGGCAAGGAGUUUUUGCAAAUGGGUUCGGUUGCCAUUGAUAAUCUUAUACAAGGGAAACCAUUGCCAGAGAAAGGGAAGCUUCAGCAGGCUGUGUUUGAAGCUGGACCAUUGCUUCAGACACUUCUUGUUGCACCUCCACCUCAAUGGCGAAUUCCUCCUCCUCCACGUCCUCUUCCUCCUUCGUUAAUGUUGCAAAACCCAUCGGAUUUCAGGAAUCACAAUAAUAACUUUGGGAUUAAUGUUUGCAGCUCGAAGAAUUGCCAGAAAGCAGCUUCCAAUAACAACUCUUGUUUAGCUGCAGUGCAAAGUUCAUCAUCGAGUUCUUCACACCUUGAUGAGAUUAUUCCUCAUGGAGUUCCUUCUAGCUCAUGUUUGAGCAAUGGGAAACCCAACAGUGGUGGUAGAAAUUCCGAUUUUGUCGAGUGUACAAAAUCUCAGCAGGGAGUAGAAGAAUGUAACAAUUUGAGAGCAGUCAAAAAAGAGCUUAUUGGCCCUCUUAAAUUGCUAACCUUGGUAUAUUGUAUUUGUUCAUGCGAGAAAAUAAAAGGAAUGCAUUCUAUGCGGGGUGGCCAAGAGAACAUUAACGAUCUAAAACACAAGCUUCUCUGCAGCAACUUGGAGCUAGAAACUGUAAGAAUGGUGGCAAAAGAAGAAAUAGCCAAAAACAAGCAAACCAUAAAACAAUUGCUCCAUCUCUUGAAGAUAGCUUACCAUGAAAGAGAUGAAGCAAGAGACCAAUUGCAGAGAAUAUUCAACAAGUACUUGAUAUCCACAGAGCCUGAUCGUCAAAUCAUCACCAAUACACCUAUCACUUACAAAUUUCCAACCACAAUCGAAGAAUCCAAUAACAUGUCAGAAACAUUGUCUCAAGUCUAUGGAUUGUCUUCCGAAGAAUGCAAUUCCAAUGUUGGUGUUUAUUCCUCAUUCCAAGGCUUUAACCACGGCACCAAAUACCCUGUUGUUCAACAAGUCAAGGAGUUUUUGCAAAUGGGUUCGGUUGCUAUUGAUAAUCUUAUACAAGGGAAGCCAUUGCCAGAGAAAGGGAAGCUUCUGCAGGCUGUGUUUGAAGCUGGACCAUUGCUUCAGACACUUCUUGUUGCACCUCCACCUCAAUGGCGAAUUCCUCCUCCUCCACGUACUCUUCCUCCGUUAAUAUUGCGAAACCCAUCGGAUUUCAGGAAUCACAAUAAUAAUAUUGGGAUUAAUGUUUGCAGCUCGAAGAAUUGCCAGAAAGCAGCUUCCAAUAACAACUCUUGUUUGGCUGCAGUGCAAAGUUCAUCAUCGAGUUCUUCACACCUUGAUGAGAUUAUUCCUCAUGGAGUUCCUUCAGCUCAUGUUUGA